UUCCCCCUUUCCCGAUUAUUUACAAGAUUAUCAUCUUUUUUAUUUGUUUCAGAAAUGACAACAAAUUCCCCUCCUUCCUCCAUUGCUUCUAGUAGUCAUCUUAUGCGUUUUGUAGAACAACCCCAAUCAGAAUGGAUUGUUAGAUCUAGACCAGCACAUUUAAGAUGUAUUGCAAUUAAUGCUCAAAGAAUUAGAGUUAAAUGCAACUCAAAUUGGUUGAACGAUGAAAGAAUUUAUUUGGAAAGAUUUAAUGAUCCAACAAGCAACGAGCCUUCAAUCCGUGCUAAUGUUGAGAUUCAACGUGCUGAACUUGAUGCUUGGUUUGCAGAUUUGGGAGAAUUUGCAUGUCAAUGUUGGGCGUUUAGCGAGGAAAAAUCAUAUGAAGAGGAAACUGAAGAUUUGGAUAGUGAAGAUGAGGAAGAAGAUGAAGAAGAUGAUAGAGAAGAGAAUGAAAGGAAAACAAAAACACAAAUACAAUUAAAAGAUACCAAACAGUCAAUAAUUCGAUCGGAUAUUGCAAGGAUAAGACUAGCAUGUGGGUUUAAAUAUUUUUAAAAUUAAAAACUGUAAAAAACAUAUAAAUUAAAAAAAUAUUUUGGUUAAUGGGUCAUAAAUAAGUUUAUUUAUUAUUAUUAGUUUAAUGCGCGCAUUCUCAUAAAUACACGCCAAUUUACUUUAUUAUAUUCUCUUUUCUUAUUGCCCCCGUUAAUCCAACUCUUAUUAUAUUCUCAUCUUUAAAACAAAUAUGGUGGCCUCCAGAUAAUUUAGAGGGAGAGAUGAUUUAGAGACAUCCGCUUUUGCUGUUCCUUUCCCCUUUCCUUAAAGGCAAUAAUUCCUUUAUUUGAUUUAUGUGUUCCCGUUCCACUUAUUUUAUUUCUUUUUUUCUUUCAAGUAUUUCCGCAAUUUUAAUAUUCGUAAGAUUAUUAAGGUCAUUAAUAAUCAUUAAUAAUAAUAUUUUUGAAUAAAUUUAUGAAUACAUAAGCCAUAAAUAUUUUAAACAUUUUUUCGAAAAUAAUUUUCAAAUAAGAACCUAUUUGGAACAUCUAUAAUCAAAUGAAUAACUAAAAUUUUCUUUUUUUCUGACCGGAAAGAGCACAAUUCUUGUAAUUCUAGGCAUGUCCAAUUAAUUCUAGGCACAUUCCAAUUAAUUUUUGAACAUCUGCCUUAUUUUAUUAAAAGAGGAAAUUGUGUUUUUCAUGCGGAAAUCUUGUCUCCUAAAAAUUUUUUAACCCAAAUUAAUCCGAAUUUUUUGAAAUUAAUUAUUUAUCAUCAAAAAAUAUAUCGAAAUUUUAAAAAUAUCCUUCCCUACAAGGUCACAAAUGUUUGUUGUUUACAUCCAUUUUACUUUUCUCUACUAAUCCCUUAAGGAAAAGAGGUUUUUAUUGUGCGGAUAACAGCACUUCCUCCUCCCCUCAAAGAAAAUUAACGAUUCAACAAGUGGCCAAAUAAAAUAAUAUGGAAAAGAAUGGACCUCCUUCCUGAUUGCGCGACUUUUGGCCAUUAGCGGAGAACUGGAAAAGGAGCAGCAACUAUUUGAAUUAAAUGCAUAAUUGUCUUUAAUUUUGA